UCUCCCGUGUCUCUGAAGAUUACAUCAGAUAGCUGGCCCGCAAAAAGAUUAGAACCGAUGAAGAAGCCAUUGGUGGUGAUAAGAGAAUAUGAGGAGGACAGACAUAAACUGGAAAUAGAGAAAAUGGAGACGCUCUGUGAGGUCGGACAAGGAGAAAAUAUGUCUCUGGUUACUGACCUCAUGGGUGAUCCCAUAUGCCGCAUCCGCCAUUUUCCUGUACAUAUCAUGCUGGUUGCAGAAUAUGGAGAAGGAGGCGAAGUAGUUGGGGUGAUCAGAGGGUGUGUGAAAACAGUCACCAGAGGCUGUUCAAUUUAUGCAAAGCUGGCUUAUCUUCUGGGGCUCAGGGUCUCCUCCACACACAGGAGACUCGGCAUUGGCACAAAGCUAAUUUCACAUUUAGAAGAGUGGUGCAAACAACAAGGAGCUGAAUAUGCGUACAUGGCAACAGAUUGCACGAACGAAGCAUCAGUCAAUUUAUUCACCAAAAAAUGCGGCUACUCAAGGUUCAGAACCCUAACCAUGCUGGUUCAACCCGUUCAUGCCCACCACAAGCCAAUAAGCUCCAGCAUUGCCGUAAUUCGCCUUGCUCCCUCCAUCGCAGCAUCAAUCUACAACCAAAUCUUCGCCAAUGCAGAAUUCUACCCAAAAGACAUAGACGCAAUUCUAUCCAAUAAGCUCAAUCUGGGCACAUUCAUGGCCAUACAGAACGAAACCCUACAGAAAUGGGACCCGGAAACGGGGAUUCCACCGCCGGAUUACGCCAUAAUUAGCGUGUGGAACACGAAACAAGUGUUCAAACUGCAAGUGAAGGGGGUUUCGGCAUGGAAGCGAGCUUUAUGCGCGGGAACGAGAAUGGUGGACACGUGGCUGCCAUGCCUGAGGGUUCCGUCAUUCCCAGACGUGUUUAGGCCGUUUGGGAUUUACGUGAUGUACGGACUACACAUGGAAGGUGAGAAAGGAAAGGAGCUGAUGAGGUCGGUGUGUGACUUCGUGCAUAAUAUGGGGAAGGACAACGACGACGACGACGACGGACGGUGUGGGGCCCUCGUGACGGAGCUUGCGGUGAGGGACCCAGCGACGGAGGGGGUCCCACACUGGAGCAGAUUCUCGUGGGCCGAAGACUUGUGGUGCAUCAAGAGACUUGAAGCUAAAGAAGAAGAAGAAGAGAAUGGGAAGAAGGAUAAGCGUGAGGAUUGGGUGGCGUCUGGAUCAUCAUCUUCUUCCGUAAUUUUCGUUGAUCCUCGUGAUUUUUGAGGCAGCGAGUCAGGGCACUUUCUCCAAGCAGCAAAUAGACUGUUGUUCAUCUUUCUAUUUUUCUUCC